CCCUCCCCGGGCGGGCGGGGGUAACGGUCGCGGCGCGCGGCGCGUCGGAGGCAGUUCACAGGGUGGAUAAGAUGGCUGCUCCUGUGAAAGAUGCAGACCUGAGGCUCCAGCAGAACAAUCCAUUGGGUCCCAGCACUAGUCAGAAGAGCAAGUUCUUGGAGACUGACUGGAAAACACCCACAUUGUCCGUGAAGUCCCAGAGCCGUGUCAGUCGCUGUCCGAGCGUGGCCGACAGUGGGGAUGGGGGCAUUGGGACCUCCUGCUCGGACAGCACAGAAGAUUCUUGCAAUUCCAGUAACGGUUCCUCAUUCCACCCCAUCAAAACCCAGGUGACCAUUCCAACAGCCCACGUUAUGCCUUCCACGCUGGGUGCCUCACCCUCCAAGCUGUGCUCUGCAGGAGACCAGGGCUGUUCCCAGCACAUUUCAAAGGCUGCUGUGCCAGGAUCUGCCUCUGAACACUCAGGGCUCGCGAGGAAUGGGGAUUUUAACGCUGGGAAGUCGUCUCAGGUGCCACCCAGGGAUCUCCUGCGGCUCUACGGGGCUUCAGGGGAAAAUGGCUUUGAGCAACCCUGGCCUCCUGCUGCUGAUCCCCUGAGAGCAGAAGACCCUUGGAAGUUUGACACUCCUGCCAUGGAGCGCACCCUGAACCAGUCUCUCUUUCUGGACAGUUUGUGUGCUGACCCUCAGCACAGGUUCCAGAAGCUCAGUCCAAACCCCGAGGCAGGGAAGGACCAUUUUAAGGUGCUGCCAGAGAGCAAACAAGGGGCAGGGCCCAACGGAGUCUGCGAGCCCCGGGACGGGACGUGGCCGAGCGGGAGCAGAGCGAUGCCAACGGGACUCCAGGCCAACAAUUUCUUCUCAAAACCUGUAGUGGCUCCUCCAUCCCGAGCGUGGGUGCCAGAAGGGUGCACCCUCCAUCCACACAAGGGGGUCUGUGAGCUCAAUGCUUGGAAACAGCAGCUGGACAAAGUGCGACUGCAGGUGGAGCAGAUGCAGUUACAAAAUGGAGGCACCUGCCCCCAUUCCUCGAUGUACUCUCCAUCACUGCCUCCACCUGAUCCAGCCCAGUGGAUCAAUAUCCUGAACUCCAAUGAAAACCUACUCAAGGAGAAAGAGCUCCUCAUUGACAGACAGAGGCAGCACAUAUCCCAGUUGGAGCAGAAGGUCCGGGAAAGUGAGCUGCAGGUUCACAGUGCCCUGCUGGGCUGUCCAGCAUCCUAUGGAGAUGUCUACAUGCUUAGAAUGCAGGAGCUGCAGAGGGAGAACACGUUCCUUCGAGCACAGUUCACAGAGAAGACUGAGUCCCUCAGUAAGGAGAACAUUGAACUGGAGAGGAAGCUGGCUGCUGCAGAGGUGGAUGUGAAGCUGGCCCGGGAGUCGCUGAAGGAAGCUGUGCAGAAACAUGCAGAGGAGUUAAAGAAACAGGAAGAAAGGGUAAAGGGAAGAGACAAACACAUUAGUAACCUUAAAAAGAAAUGCCAGAAGGAAUCUGAACAGAGCAGAGAGAGACAGCAGAGAAUUGAGACCCUGGAACGAUACCUGGCUGAUCUACCCACCCUCGAGGAGCACCAGAAACAGAGUCAGAAGCUGAAGGAUUCUGAACUGAAGAGCACUGCUCUGCAGGAAACAGUGCUGGCACUGGAAACAGAGCUUGGAGACAUCCAGGCUGCUCUGAGGGAGCAAGAGAUGCAGCUGGAAACCCAAAAACACAAGGAGAUGGAGCUUCUUUCCACUGUGCGCAGCUUGCAGGAUAAGCUGCAGCAGUGUGUAAAGAAUGCAGAGAGAGGACCCACUGCCCAGGAUGGGGAGAGAAAGAAAAUGGAACAUGACUCUCUGAAGAAAGAAUGUGACUGCCUCAAGAAGAUCGUGGACAAAAAGCAGAAGAAGAUGGAGCAGUUAUCCUUGCAAGUAAAGAACCUGGAAGAACAGGUGGCUCAGGAAGAGGGGACAAGCCAAGCUCUGAAAGAGGAGGCGAUGAGAAGGGAAAACGCGCUGCAGCAGCUCCGGGCUGCUGUGAAAGAGCUCUCUGUGCAGAACCAGGAUCUGAUCGAGAAGAACCUGACGCUCCAGGAGCGGCUCCGCCAGGCCGAGCUGACAGCCCAGCCCCUGCCCACUGACACAGCCCGCCUCACCCAGGAGCUGCAUGGGGAGCUGGCCAUCUGUCUGCAGGAUUUACAGUCUGUCUACAGCAUUGUCACUCAGAGGGCUCAGGGCAAGGACCCCAACCUCUCCCUGCUCCUGGGCAUUCACUCUGUGCAACACCCUGUGAAGGAGAAGGAAGACUUGCUGAGCCCUGAUGGACUUGCAAAGAAAGUGGUGGAGGUAAAACAGCUUCACAAAGAGGUGGAGGAGUUAAGGACUGCGAUAUCUGACAGAUAUGCUCAGGAUAUGGGAGACAACUGCAUCACCCAGUAAAGAACACUCCCCAAAGUAAGACAGGACAUGAAGACUUGAAACCCUCAGGAGUCUUGAGCUCCUACAACCCUAAACCUAUUCAGCACUUUACCAUCCCUCUGCUCGGGUACCAGAGAUGUGACUUAUCUGAUCUGUGAGGGAUCAGGGGGUUUGUUGCCAGAAGUGUUCAGCUGCUGACUGGAAUCAUUCAGGGCUUUGGUGUCAGGCUUUGCAGUAGCUUUGAUCUUGUGGAAUGUGUUUUAUGCUGUGUUUGCUGGAGCUGGUGUGGUCUCUGACGCUGGGAGAUUGAAUUCUGACUUGCCUCCCAGGCAUGUCAAAUGCUGAACAUGCAAAUGUGACAGUUAAAAUCAUCACUAAAAGGAAAUGUAUGCCCUGGUAUUUCUGAUAACUUCCUUGUGCAGGUCCUGUGUGACUUGUGAGACCAGAGGAUUCUUGGAGUGUUCAGAGGGUACCUGGAUUUUGUAGGCAGGCAGGUGUGCCAGGUAUACUGCUGGUAUUUACACUGAGGUGCUACUGGCUUGGAUUUAUGGAGCAGGAUCUGCUUUCCUCAGGUAAAUGCAACCAGAGUCUUUCAGUAGCCAGCAUGAGUUGGAAAUUAAAGCAACACUAAAAGACUCUGGAAACGCUCCCCCUGGGCACUGUUAUCCCAGAAGCCUUAAGCCUUUUGUCCCCCCCAAAAUAGCACUGGGAGCUGAGUGUGAUUCAGAUUGUAGAGGAAAUGGAUUGAUGCUGAAGUGCCUUAAUGUGCUGGAGAAACCCUCUGCCCUCACUGUGCUUUGUGCCUAAUGCAUCUGCUGGCAGGUGAGGAGCUGCUGCUCCUUCUCACAGCCUUUUAGAGCCAUCCCAAACAAUCCUGGGGAGCCCUGAAUGUCUGUGGCCCCUGCCAGAGCUUCCAAGAGCCUCUGUGCCCCUGGGGACACACCUCUGGCUUGGCUCUCUGCUGCUUGACUGGGAGAAAGCCAUACUGGUCCUAAUGUGGGGGGAUGACACAGAGAGCUCUUCCUGCAAGGCAGUGGCCACUCGAGCUUUGUUGUAGCCCUGCUCCUCUGCAAGUAAUGGGAUUCCUACAUAAAUCAGUGAGGGAUAAGUUUCACUGCACCACAACCCCCCUAAACCAUAGUGACAACUUUACAGUACCGAGCCCUGGCUUGUGACAGUGCUGUGGUGCUGAGGGUGGAACUUUGUUCGUUUUCAGCUUGAGUUAAGAGCAAGGUACUAAGCUGUAACAGGGAAAAAUCCUCCUGAAACUUGUGCUGUUAGGUUGUUCUUGGUUCACGUUGGGGCUGCGAGCCCUGGGUGUGGCAGAAAUGCUUUUUUGUUAUUCCUUUGUGUUAAAUUUUAAGACCAAAUCUGUUUUGUUUUUAGUGUUUGGCCACCACAGGUGAUGGUGGCAACGAAAUUGGUUGGUUUGUCCUGAGCUGCUCUCCCUGUGUCUGGUGUGUUACGUGUCUGGCUGUGUCUGUCCCCAGGCUGCUGGUGCCAUGUACUGAGGGAGCACAUUUCCAAGGCUAUUCCUUGAAGCCAUUUGUCCUGUCUGCCGGGAGCUCUGCUGUCUCCUGCAGGUUCUCAGGGUGCUGUUGAGCACCAUCCCCUUUGCUUUGGGGUGCAAGAUCCAGUUCCCAGGUGCUGUGUGAGGACAUGUUUGCCCUCUGCCCCUGCAGAGCUGGUUGUGAGAUGAGAUUGUGGCUGAAACCACCUGGGCUGAUGCUUUUGGAGCAUCACCCUUGGCCAUGUGUCUGUAGUUGGGCUGCCCUGGUCGUGUGUUCCCCUCCAUGGGGACAUGUCCCCUCAUCAUCCUCCUCCUGCACAGCUGAGCUCAUUUGGCUAAGAGGGUGAUCCCAAGUGCCCUUGCUGCUGGUGCACAGGAAAUCUUGGACCCUUCAGUACUGAACACCCCAGGCCAGGGGGGGCAGGAUGGCAUUCCCUCCCUGUCCCACCUUCCUGCCCCAUCCCCUUGUCCCGCGCGUGUCCCCCCCUCCAGUUCCCCACUGCCCGGUCCCGUUGGGCUCAGUGUGUUUGUACCAGCCUGUGUCUUGUUGCUUGUUUGUACCGAAUAUUUUGAUUAUAAAAUAAAGCUGCUCUGACCCACCCGUGCGAGGCUGUGCAGCGUGGGGAAAGGGGAGCUCACCGGGGCCGGUACCCGAUGCCUGGCAGAGGCGGUGGCUCCCCAGGGCCAGUGCCCGGGCCGGUACCCGGUAGGGGCGGUGGCGGUGAGUUCUCAUUCCCGUUCCCCGUUCCCGGUGCCGGUAGGGGCGGUGAGUUCCCGUUCCCGGUUCCCGGUGCCGGUAGGGGCGGUGGCGGUGAGUUCUCAUUCCCGGUGCCGGUAGGGGCGGUGGCGGUGGGUUCUCAUUCCCGUUCCCGGUUCCCGGUGCCGGUAGGGGCGGUGAGUUCCGGUUCCCGGUGCCGGUGGGGGCGGUGGCGGUGAGUUCUCAUUCCCGUUCCCGGUGCCGGUAGGGGCGGUGAGUUCUCAUUCCCGUUCCCGGUUCCCGGUGCCGGUAGGGGCGGUGGCUCCCGGGCCGGCCCCGCAGAGCCCGCAUGCCCGUGCCCGCCGCCCCCAUUGGCCCCCGCAGUCACAUGCCGGGCGGUGGCGGGGCCGCCCGCUCCGCCUUCCCUCGGUCCCUCCCGCCCAGCCGAGCCCAGCCGAGCCUCCCUCCGCCGGGCUGAGCGCAGGGAGCGGCCGCGAUCGCACCAUGAGCACCCUCAAGGUCUACAGCACCUCGGUGACCGGCUCCCGGGAGGAUUACGAGCUCUUUGUGGAAGCGGUGGAGCAAAACACUCUGCAGGAGUUCCUGAAGCUGGCCUGAGCCCCGGCUCCUCUCCCUUCCUGGACUCUACCUGCAUUCCUGAGCACCCUCAUCUCCGACCACCUUCACUUCCAGGUUGUCAGCGCUGUCCUGGCACCACGACCUGUAUUCCCGGCACGGGGAAACAAACCCAUGACCAAAACUCAUUGCAGCUGCCUCCGAUUCCCUCCUGCCUAACCCCGGCAUCAUCUCAGAGGGAUCCAAAGAAAGUCUGACGCUCGCUGCGCAUGGCCUGUGAGCGGAGCCGGGCCUGGCUCACCGCAGCUUCCAGUGCCUCUGUAAACAGCAAAGCCUCUGGGGCGUGUGAAGUGCGGGGCGGCCGUCAGCCCCCUCCUCUGCCUCGGGAGGGAAGGGCUUAGGGCUGCAUGUUACUUCCCACUUCUCCUCAUUGCUGUUAAAAUUGUAAAUUCCGCUGCCUCACUUCCUUUUUUUUUUUUUUUUCUUUCCCUUUUUUCCCCCGUUUUCAUCUCGACAGUAGACAUUAUGGCAACUAAGUAAAUUUUUUUUGUUUGUCUUAAUUUAAUGCAAAAAUACUGCACAGAGUUGGGGUCUGACCACCCACCGUGGAGGAGCUGGGGGCGAAGGCUGGGAUCUGUGGCAUCUGUGCUGCCUGGGGGGAUGGAUGGGGCUGGAAGGGAGAUCUGUGCUGUUCUGGCCACCCUCCACCAUGACCAGGGCUCCCUCGUGAGCAUUAAUGGCUCAGGGCUGCCCCAGACCAGCUGAUGCUCCAGCUGUCUGCUCUUUGCUCUUUGAGUUGGCUUUUUUGCAAUCCUGGACCAAGUGCAUUUUGUUUUCCUGCCAAAAAGCAAGUUUAUAACCAGUGUUGUCUUCCGAGAUGCUAUUAAAUGUUACUGUACCUUUCA